AUGACUUCUUCUUUCAUUCACAAAAAACUCCAGAGCAAAAUCUUACCUUCCGCCUGCAGAUCCAUAUCCUCGCUCGCAGUCACUGAAAACUCAGAAAAUUUUCAUAGCACACAUGACACAGUUCUUCCACCAUUUGACCCUUUUCACUUUUUCAGUGAUUAUACAAAAUCAGGACGAUGCACCCUCAGAAAUACAAAGAUCCUGCAUGCCCAUUUGCUCAAAACUGCUAUUUUACAAUCCAACACCUUCAUGACCAAUUCUUUGAUGGAUUGGUAUUGUAAAUCCAAUUCCAUGGUUCAUGCACUCAGAUUGUUUGAUAAAACUCCUCACCCAAAUGUUAUUUCUUGGAAUAUUUUGAUUUCAGGUUGCAACCAGAACUUUUCAUUUGAGGAUUCGUGGAGGAAUUUUUGUAAGAUGCGUUUUUCAGGAUUUGAUCCCAACCAGUUCACCUAUGGGAGUGUUCUUUCGGCUUGUACUGCCUUAGGGUCUCCUUUGUAUGGUGAACUGGUAUAUUCACUUGCACUGAAAAAUGGGUUCUUCUCAAAUGGGUAUGUUCGGGCUGGAAUGAUUGAUUUGUUUGCGAAGCUUUGUAGCUUUGAGGAUGCUUUAAGGGUGUUUCAAGAGGUUUUAUGUGAGAACGUGGUUUGCUGGAAUGCUAUCAUUUCUGGGGCUGUUAAAAAUAGGGAAAAUUGGGUUGCUUUGGAUCUUUUCUGCCAAAUGUGCUGCAGAUUUUUUAUGCCAAAUAGUUUUACGUUUUCAAGCAUUUUAACAGCUUGUGCUGCACUUGAGGAACUUGAGUUUGGAAGAGGGGUUCAAGGAUGGGUGAUUAAAUGUGGUGCAGGAGAAGAUGUUUUUGUGGGGACUGCCAUCAUUGAUUUGUAUGCCAAAUGCAGGGAUAUGGAUCAAGCUGUGAAGGAAUUUUUCCGAAUGCCAAUCCGCAAUGUAGUUUCCUGGACUACCCUCAUUUCUGGUUUUGUUCAGAAGAAUGACAGUAUUUCUGCUUUCCACUUCUUCAAAGAAAUGAGAAAAGUAGGAGAGAAAAUAAACAACUACACCAUAACUAGUGUACUUACUGCUUGUACUGAACCAGUUAUGAUCAAAGAGGCAGUCCAACUACAUUCCUGGAUUUUCAAAACUGGGUUCUAUUUGGAUUCCACUGUAAGUUCUACUUUGAUCAAUAUGUAUUCAAAAAUAGGAGUGGUUGACUUAUCUGAGAGGGUGUUCAGAGAGAUGGAAAGUACAAAGAACCUAGCCAUGUGGGCUGUUAUGAUAUCUGCCUUUGCUCAAAGUGGGAGUACUGGAAGGGCAGUUGAAUUGUUUCAGAGGAUGCUUCAGGAGGGUCUGAGACCUGAUAAGUUUUGUAGUUCUAGUGUCUUGAGCAUAAUAGGCAGUCUAAGUUUGGGGAGACAGAUCCAUUGCUACAUUCUUAAAAUUGGUUUGUUCACUGAUAUUUCUGUGGGCAGUUCUCUUUUCACAAUGUACUCAAAAUGUGGUAGUUUAGAGGAAUCUUACACAGUUUUUGAGCAAAUGCCUGACAAAGACAAUGUCUCAUGGGCCUCCAUGAUCACUGGGUUUUCAGAACAUGACCAUGCAGAACAAGCUGUUCAGUUGUUCAGAGAGAUGCUGUUAGAAGAAAGUAGACCAGAUCAAAUGACUUUAACUGCAGCUCUAACUGCAUGUUCUGCUCUUCAUUCCUUAGAAAAAGGAAAGGAAGUUCAUGGGUAUGCUCUUCGAGCACGAGUUGGCAAAGAGGUACUUGUGGGUGGUGCACUUGUAAAUAUGUACUCAAAAUGUGGUGCCCUAGUCUUGGCAAGGAGGGUAUUUGACAUGCUGCCCCAAAAGGAUCAGUUUUCAUGCUCCUCCUUGGUUUCAGGAUAUGCUCAAAAUGGGUAUAUUGAAGAUGCACUUCUGCUGUUCCAUGAAAUACGGAUGGCUGAUUUGUGGAUUGACUCCUUCACAGUUUCAUCUGUCAUUGGGGCUGUAGCAAUUUUAAACAGCUUAGACAUUGGUACCCAACUGCAUGCUUGUGUUACAAAAAUGGGCUUAAAUGCAGAAGUUUCUGUUGGCAGUUCUCUAGUUACAAUGUAUUCAAAAUGUGGAAGCAUUGACGAAUGUCAUAAGGUGUUUGAACAGAUUGAAAAACCUGAUUUGAUCAGUUGGACGGCUAUGAUAGUGAGCUAUGCUCAGCAUGGAAAAGGUGCAGAGGCUUUAAAAGUGUAUGACCUCAUGAGGAAAGAAGGAAUUAAACCUGAUUCGGUAACAUUUGUUGGUGUCUUAUCUGCAUGUAGUCAUAAUGGUAUGGUUGAAGAAGGCUAUUCCCAUCUGAAUUCAAUGGCCAAAGAGUAUGGAAUUGAACCUGGUUACUACCAUUAUGCCUGUAUGGUUGAUCUUCUUGGGCGAUCUGGAAGGCUGAAAGAGGCUGAAAGGUUCAUUAACAAUAUGCCCAUUGAACCUGAUGCUUUGCUAUGGGGAAUAUUGCUUGCUGCUUGCAAGGUACAUGGGGAUAUUGAGCUUGGAAGGCUAGCGGCGAAAAGAGUCAUUGAGUCGGAGCCCUGUGAAGCUGGAGCUUAUGUCACCUUGUCAAACAUCUGUGCAGAUAUGGGCUGGUGGGAAGAUGUCAUGAAGAUCAGAAGCCUGAUGGAGGGAACUGGGGUGAAGAAGGAACCUGGAUGGAGUUCUGUGUGAAAUAUGACCAUUGCUUGAUUGAUGACUGAUCAACAUCUUGCUGAUUGGGGCAAAAUCCAAAAAAACUGGAAGAUUUGAACCCAAACUGAAUGGGAACCAAAUGGUUGGAGUUUGGCCACUGUCUACAAAUGCAGGACAGAAGAGCAUCAUGACUCAUGCAGUACAGAUAGCGCUGAAGAUUGGCGGCUUUCAAAUUCAGGCUCAUGAAACUCAACCACCUUUCCAAACAUGGGUGUGGUUGUGAUUGCCUAAUAGAGUUGGGCCCUUUGGAAAGGAAAUUUCAGAACAAAGCAUAGAUUCACGAACAAAUCUGGAAAAGGCUUUUAUAAAUGUCAAGUGAACACAGUUCUGUAAGCAGAUUCUUUGUGGGAAGCUAUGACCAUGUACAUGGCACUUCAUCUGCUUCAAGAUAGACCAUAGCUUG